AGAGCUACCUUAUUGAAACGACUUCAAUUGCACAGAGAUGGCUGAAAAUCCAGCCGAAGAGGCCGCCCCCAUAGACAAUGCCGACGAGAUCCCAGCCGCGGAGGAUGCUCCCAAACUAGUAACGAUCGCUGAAGCGGCGGAGGGAGCAGAAGUCCAAGGUGAGGCAGCUAACGUAGAUCAAAUCGAAGGAGAAGGCGAAACAGUAUUGCCAGCCGAGAAUGAGGAAACCUCAAAGGAAGGGCGGGAAUCUGGAGCUAAACAAAAGGGUCUUGCUACCGCCGACGAACGAAAGCGCGAAAAGCUCCAGAGGAUUAAGGAAAGGCUCGCCAAAAAAGACGAGGAAGAGGCUAUGAAGGCUGCGCUGGUUACGGCUCCAAUAGAAUCUGAGGAGAUGCCGGAAGACGAGGAUAAGGAGGAACUCCAUUCCGUGGAAUCGGCCGGCGAGGAUUCCGAAGAUGACUUAGAAGAUAUAAAGGCCAUCCUUAACGAAAAGCCCCCAACUCUACGUGAAAGCGUUGUCGUCGAAGAGGAAAUCGAAGAGGAUCUCGAUUCGGAAGGCAGCGUGGAUGAGCCCUUGCCCAGGCUGGGAGUGUCCAUAAAGAGUGAGUUUAUCCGCGGAUUUGAAAGUCUGCCAAGCAUAUCGGACAUAUCACUCGAUCCGGACCCGGAACCAGAACCUGAACCGGACAACGCUCAGGACAAGUCCGACACCAAACCGGAGACAGAUGAUGGUGUAUUUCACAAGGAUGGCACAGACGAUGCCGGCGAGGGUGAGUCGGGGGGUUCUUCGGGUUCCGAUCAGGAUGCUAGCACAGCUCAACAUGCAGCGGGUGAGUCGGAAGAGGACGACGAAUCCGUACUUAUGGAUGAUCUGCCGGAUGAGCAAGAGCCGACAGAAAAACAGGUCGUCAUUGGGGAGGAAGUGGACACCAUGGCCAUGUUCACUGAGGCUGUGGAUGCGGAGUUGGAGACCCACCAGGAGCUGCAAGUCCCGGUUGAAGAACCAUUCUGGUAUCGCCUCACUGUCGACUUCCUGAACAAUCUUAUCAAUACCGUGGUGGAAAAUGCGGAGAACACCGAGAAGAACAAGGAGCACCUGUUGGACAAGCGCAAGAUGUUGCUGGAGCUGCAGCGUCUGGUAGACGACUACACCUUCGAGAAGUACCAAAACACCCUUCUGAACAACGUCGUCUGUGACUACUUCCGUCGCAAUCGCAAGUUCAACAACUUUCAGCCACUGCCACCGGACGAUGCUGCUGGCGAGUUCAUUCGCUGGAUGAAUGCCCUCAACUCGGUGGACAAUCUGAUGGAGCGGGUGAAGAUGAUCAAGAUCAAGAACGGACACAGUGCGUCGCGCGCCAUGCUGGAGCUUAACUCGUAUUCUGUCCUCGCCUUCAACGAAGAGCAGCGUCUGGAGGGAUUCAUGCGCAAGACCCUCAUCCGCAAGGACAUGGAUCGCUUGAGGCGCGCGCUGGACAACGAUCUCAGGCGCAUGCAGGACCUUCGCAACCAGAUCAGCGAGAAGCGCUACGAGCUCAACUUGAACCUUCACAACCUGGCAUUUGUGGAUGAGAAAGUGAUGAAAUUCGAGCGGGUUACUGAGACGUUGACCAUUUCGCAAAUGCUGUGCGCCAACGAAUCCAUAAUACAGUUGAGCAAGCAACUAGAGGAAAAGUGCAAGGAUGUUGCGGUCAUGCAGUCGAACUACAAGAAGUCCAUGAUCGAGGAGACGUGCGUGCGUGAGAAGCGGGACAUGAUCUCCUACAUGCUCUCCAAGGCGAGGGCCGAGUACAUAGACCGUUUCGAGCGGCGGAACAAGCUGCGCAAGGAUCUGACCAGGCUGCAGCUGGAGCACGCCGACCUAAAGUCCAAGCGGAACAAGCUGGAGACCAAGGGCGGACUGCUCUUCAAGCCGGGCCUGAUGUACGACUACGAUAAGUGCAUGGCCGAUAUACAGGCCCGUCGUGCUCAUAUCCAGGCGAUGAAGAAGACCUGCAACGAGUUGGGAAAACGCAUUCGAGCCUGCGAAGACGCCAAGUACCAGUCCAGUUUUUCGAUACGGUAUCUUGGUUAAUUAGGAUGCAUUUCUAAUUUUCUAAGGAUUUUCACAGGUAAAUUUGAGUGUACCUUGUAUAACUGUCACCCAUAUGUGAAAAUGUUGAACAUUAAAC